AUGCCCAGCGCAACGGCGCGGAAACUGACCAGUUCGAGCCUCGCCUCUCAGGCCUCGAGGGUCGGGGCAUGUCAGCGGAGCAGAUCGCCGACAUCAUCAGCACUGCGCUGGCGGACGUGCUCAUUGCCUCCCCUGCUGAAGAGGAACCCGCCUCGCGGACAUCGCAGACUACAGCUUCGGCAUCACCAUCGCAGCGUGCAGCGGAGAGACCGACUGCGGACAGUCCCUCUUGUUUGGAAGCUCCAGGAUCGGCGAGAUGCACUCUUGCUCGCCUCCUCUGCGGUGUACCUCCGCCUCGACUACGACUUCCAGCGGCUCGGGGUCAGCUUCUGCGGCGUCGCUUUCCUCGUCGUCGGCGGUGUCUUCUGA